GGCGGAUUCAAAGUCAAUAAUAUAAGAUAUCCUCUAAUUGCUAAUAUUCAUAAAUGUUUUAAGGUAGGGGAAAAUUCACUCAAAUACCGUCCCCUCCAGCCACUUUCGUGAUAUGUUCGUGACACCUUCUCGUCCCGGGGUCCGUGAAUUGUCGUCGGUGUCGUCAAUGUCAUUCGCCUUCGCGUUCCAUUUCCGCUCGACCCUCUCGACCAUGCACUAAGCUAGACGGUGUAAUAUGAUUGAUUGUGACAACGGUAAGGUGACUCAGUCAGCUGAUUAGGAACCCAGUUGCUUCUACCCUCGAUAAACCCGCUACACAGAGAUCAUGGCUAAAGUAUUACAAUUAUUUGCAAUGUUCUUAUUUAAAUGGUUUUUUGCCAUUUUCUAUGGUUUUCUUGUAUUGAUUGGUAUGAUGCUUGAUAUAGUCAGACACGGCCCAAGAACAUUCUUUUAUCAGAAACCCAGGGAAUCACGGCCAGAUUGCAUGAACGACCCGAGUUUGGGAGAGCACGACUUUGCGAACCUCAAGAAAGCAGGCAUACGCCUACAUUAUGUUGCUGCAGGGGAUCGAAGCAAACCAUUGAUGUUGUUCUUGCAUGGGUUUCCUGAAUGCUGGUACUCCUGGAGACACCAGAUGAAGGCAUUCAAGAAGGAUUACAGGGUUGUAGCCUUUGACCUUCGAGGGUAUGGUGAAUCCGACAUUCCAAGUGGCAUGCAUAACUACACACUCCAGGCUCUAAUUGAUGAUGUGAAGGAACUGAUUGAAGAACUUGGUUAUAGUUCUUGUGUGUUGGUAGCACAUGACUGGGGUGGUGAGAUUGCGUGGCAUGUUGCAAUGGAAUACCCAGACCUUGUUGACAAGUUGAUUAUUAAUAACUGUGGCCAUCCUGUCCGUUUCAUGGAACACCUUCAUUCACAUUGGAGUCAAUUUAAAAAAUCAUGGUACAUGUUUUUCUUCCAGCUCCCUUAUUUACCUGAAAUUUUGGCGCGUUCCAAAGAUCUUCAUUUUUUGAAUGAUUGCUACAUGUCCCGUGCAUUUGGAAUUCAAUCUCCAGAAAUGUUCACUACAACCGACUUGGAGGCAAUGAAGUUCUCUUUCUCUAAUAAAGGUACUGCAACUGCGGCCAUCAAUUAUUACCGUGCAAUUUUUAGUACAAAGCCUAUGAAGACAAAAAGAAUUACCUGCCCCACAAUUCUUAUUUGGGGUGACCAGGAUGUUGCUCUAGAGGUCGGAAUAGCUAAAGGAACAGAGAAGUACGUAGACAAUUUCACAUUGAAAAUUGUUGAAGGCGCCAGUCAUUGGGUACAACAAGAUCGUCCAGAUGAAGUGAAUAGAUUAAUGGCCGAGUUCUUGAAGGAGUAGAAGUUAUACUGAGUAAUUAAUGAAAAUAUACAGUAGAACCCCUAUGGGGGCACAUUUUGCAACUAAAUAAAGUGUUUCUUAUGGAUGUCCCCUCAAUGUUGGCCAUAGUCAUAGUGUUAAAAUGUUACUUGCUUCUUAGCCAAAAAAGUGUCAACUUAAAUAGGAGUGUACUUUUAAUAGAGGUAUCCUAAUGUGGAGGGUUCUACUCUUUAAUGUUUUCAACUGUAUUUGAAAUAAUGUAAUGCAAUGAAAUCGUAGUUAUGUUGGAUGAAAAUUUUGUCAUAUUGAUAAAUACAUGCCUUGCAUGGUUUUAAAAUUAUUAAAAGUACAGUAUUUUAAUUUAGAUCAUUUCCCUUGUGUAAAAAUGGCAUAUUCUACUUUAGGGUAAAGGAGAAUUAGUUUUAAGUUUGAUCAAAAUUUUAUCAUGAGAGAUUAAGAGACUAAGAUGGACAUAAAAUAGCAAUUCAACUUACAUAAAGAAAGCCACACCAUAUCUUAACUUUAAUAAAAUUGUGUAAUUUUCAUCUUCUUAUAUAACUAAAUUACGCUUCAUCUUUUGGUUGUUUUUUUUUUUUUUUUUUUUUGUGUUAUUCUAAAUAAAAUAAUAAAAGGCACUUAAUCAAUCUCUAUAUCUAUCAGUCAUGAGGUAAAAAAUUGAGAAUUUUAAUUCCACAUUUGAAUUGCUUAGUUUAAACAAAUAUGCCAUGUCAAUUUUUGGACAGUUAAAUAAUAAUUUUCCUGUAUUCUUUUGCAUAGAUUUUUAAAUUGGCUGAUAAUCAAUUAUAGAAAUUUUUUGUAGUAAAAUGUAAAUUGGUGAAAACUACUUUUUUUUUUAUCUGUUUCUCAUUGGAGCUAAUAAUUAAUUUGAUCCUUUUAAAUGAGCUAUUUAAAAUUUUAUUUGAGUUCUUGACAGAAGUCAGUUUUGAGUUAAAGUAAAUUAAAUUUCUUUAUGAAUUAUCAAACUUCAAACAAAAAGUUCAUUCUGUAAAAGUUGCAAUUUCUGUAAACUAACCAUGUGGUUCCAGUCUUGAUUUGAGUAUGUGUAGAUCCAUAUAUCAUAGAAUCUAAUCUAUAAGUUAUAAAAUGAGGAUGCAGUAAACUCCUGCUUGCUAUUUCUUAGAAUUGUUCACAAAAUACAAAUUCCAAAGGUGGACGAAAAUGGGUGCUAAGAGGACCACCAUCUGGGUUGGAUGCAGGAAUUUUUUUCGGCAGGGGGGUGUGUGAGAGUCCGCACCAGAGACAAAGUUUUGAGAAUAAGGACCUAUAGGCGGCAGGAAAUUAACUAUACCUUAAAAAUCCUGCCAGAUAUAAACAAUACAAUACAACAAUUAUUUUUCUUUAGGGGGGUGCAUC